AUGGGAGCAAGAUGUGAAAUUUUAGAAAAAUUGGAAUCUGUUAAACAGCCAAGGACGUUGCCGCGUACCGAAAAUAAAGUUCGUUGUCACCAUUCUACCACGAACUCCCAAAAGCAAGCCAAAUUUGUUUGUUAUUUCUGUAAGAAAAAUCAUUCCGUCUAUCGGUGUUUUGCCUUGAAAAAAUUGGAUGUUAAAGCUAGAAGUUCAGCUGUAAAUAAAUUGAAUUUAUGUGUUAAUUGUCUUAAUCCCUCUCACACCAUAGAAAAUUGCUGUAGUAAUUCAACUUGUCGCCAAUGUGGACUCAAGCACAAUACACUUCUUCAUUCAUCAAGUAGCGAUACUCCGGACGAUCAACAGCAUAAUAGGCGUGAUGCCCCAGACGCAGGUGAAGCAGUCGCGGAGCCGAUGACGACACUUGUUGGUCAUACGAGUGGACAGGGGACGACGUUGUCAGUUUUAUCGACGGCGAAAAUAAGAGUUUGUGAUUCUAACGGAGCGAUGUAUGUUGUGCGUGCAUUAUUAGAUGCUGGAUCUCAGAGUAAUUUUAUUACGGAUAGUUUGGUAAAUAAAUUGGGUUUAGAGAGGCAUAAGAUUAAUUUUGAUGUUAUGGGUGUCGGUGAGGCUCUGACGACCACCGUCAACUCCAGGAUAAAUUUAAAUAUUUCUUCAAUUAAUGGACCUUUUAGCGAUUUUAUUUCUUGUCUUGUUAUUUCCAAAAUAACUCAAUUUUUACCCACGAUGUCAUUUAAUGUUUCGCAGUGGAAUUUGCCUGCUGAUUUGGAAUUAGCCGAUGAUUCCUUUAACAUACCAGGGCCAGUUGAUAUCUUAUUAGGAGUAGACAUCUUCUACCGUAUUUUAUUAAAUGAACAAAUAAACUCACCUGGUUUGCCGGUUGUACAAAAAACGAAAUUAGGAUGGAUCUUUGGCGGUCAUUUUAAUAAGAAUUUUAACAAAUUGACAAAAUUUUGGGAGUUAGAACAUUGUCCAGAGACAUUAAAUCAGCUAUACUCGGAUUCUGAACAGUUUUGUGAGGAUCAUUUUAUGCAAAAUUAUAGUCGUGAUCAUAAAGGUCAUUUUAUCGUCAAGUUUCCUUUUAGGGAUAAUGUUAGCAAAUUAGGAAUGUCUAAGGAAAUGGCUGCUAAGCGUUUAACAUUUUUGGUGCAGCGUUUAAACAAAAAUAAGUCUUUAGAAAGAGAGUAUAUUAAUUUUCUGAAUGAAUACCGGGACUUAGGGCAUAUGGUUAAAGUCAAAAACUUCUCUAUCAGCGACGUCGAUUCCAGGUUAUGCUAUUAUUUACCGCAUCAUGCAGUUCUUAAAGAAUCAAGUUUGACGACAAAGCUUAGGGUAGUUUUUGAUGCGUCAGCCAAGACAGAUACUGGAUUAUCUUUAAACGACAUUCAGUAUGUGGGCCCAACUAUUCAAAGAGAUCUCUUGUCUAUACUCUUACAGUUUAGAAUUUACCCGUUUGUCAUUAAUGCAGAUAUAUCCAAGAUGUAUCGUCAGAUACUUAUUCAUCCCGAUGAACGACGAUUUCAAAGAAUUUUAUGGAAGGAUCCGCAGUCCUCGGAUGCUUCUAUUGAAUGUUACGAGCUACAGACUGUUACUUACGGUUGCGCCUCGUCGCCAUUUUUGGCAGUCAGAUGUCUAAAGCAGUUGGCAUUAGAUUUUAAACAUGAAUUUCCGCAGGCUUGUGAAAUUAUUUUAAACUGCUUUUAUUUUGAUGAUCUUUUGGCCGGAACCUUUUCAAGUGCUGAACUAUUGCAGCUUCAACGAGAUAUAUCAUUUAUUUUGGAGUCUGGAGGUUUUAAAUUAAGAAAAUGGCUUUCUAAUAGGCCUGAAUUGCUGCCUAAGUUUCAUGUAGAUAAUGAAAUAUCUUCGGGUAUUUUGCAAAUUGGCCAAACUGAACAAAAUAAAACUUUGGGUAUCAUUUGGAAUGCUUAUAGUGAUACUAUUCAUUAUUCGAUAAAAUCAUUUUCUGGUAGGGGCAUUCUGACCAAAAGGGUAAUUUUGUCAGUAACAAGCCAAAUAUUUGACCCUUUGGGACUGCUAGGGCCAAUAGUUGUCGUUGCAAAACUUAUUUUGCAAUCUUUAUGGCAAAGCCAGCUCUCUUGGGAUGAGCCAGUACCGGCAGUUCUUACUGAAAAAUGGAUACAUUUUUGUGAAGACCUUCAAACUCUAAAUGAGUUAAAAAUUCCAAGGUUUGUUUUAUGCAAUGGUUUCCUAAAGGUUUGUUUAUAUGGAUUUGCAGACGCCUCCGAAAGGGCCUAUGGAGGUUGCGUUUAUAUAGUAAGCUCUACAGAGGAUGGGGUUGUGUCUUCUAAUCUAUUGUUAUCAAAGUCUCGCAUUGCCCCAAUUAAGACUAUAAGUUUACCUCGCCUUGAGCUGUGUGCUGCGUUGCUUACUGCAAAGUUGGUGGAUAAGGUAAAGGAAUCCAUCAAGUUAAACAUUGAUAAAUGUUAUUAUUUAACUGACUCCACUAUUGCUCUUUGUUGGAUAAAGGGCUGCCCAAGUCGUUGGAAAACAUUCGUGGCAAACAGAGUGACUAAAAUUCAGGCCUUAACCAGUUCGAUUGAUUGGUUUCAUGUAAGGUCAGAGGAAAAUCCUGCCGACUGUCUAUCCAGAGGCAUUUCAGCCCAACAACUUUUAAAUUUUGAGCUAUGGUGGAAGGGACCCGUGUCUUAUUUUUUAUGCUCAGAUAAUUUGCAAGAGUUCCCAGUUGUACCACAAGAAAUACCGGAGGAAAAAGUUGUUUCCCAUUCGUCUAUUGUCUUCGAGGCACCUGAUUUUAAUUUAGAUAAAUUUUCACAAUUAAUUAAAUUACAAAGGGUGUUUGCAUAUGUCUUAAGAUUUAUUAAAAAUUUGAAAGAUAAAGGGAAAUUCUGUGGGCCUCUGUCUUGUAGUGAGCUUAAUUUCUCGCUACAGAAUUUGUUAAAAAUUGCUCAAAAACAAUCGUUUCCCAGUGAAUAUCAUUCCUUUUUAAGUCAGAAAAAAAUAAAAAUGUCUAGUAAACUCUUGAGCCUUAAUCCAUAUAUUGACAGUGAUGGUUUAAUAAGAGUAGGUGGUAGGAUUCAAAAGGCGAAGGUUUCUGAGGAACAAAGGCAUCCUGUAAUUUUACAUAAUAAACAUUUUUUAACUACUUUGAUUAUGCGUCAUACCCAUGAACGCCUUUUGCACUGCGGUCCACAGCAGUUGUUAUAUACUGUAAGACAGCAAUAUUGGCCAAUUUCUGGUCGUGGCCUAGCUAGGUCUGUUGUUAGACGGUGCGUUAUUUGUUUUAAGGCUAAACCAGUAACUGCUGAUUAUAUUAUGGGAAAUUUACCCGAAUGUAGAGUAUCAGCGUACCAACCAGUGUUUACAUAUACUGGUAUUGACUACGCAGGCCCAAUUGAAAUUCGGGACAGAAAAACUAGAAAUCCCAAACUUUUAAAGGCGUACAUAUGUAUUUUUAUUUGUAUGAGUACAAAAUGUAUUCAUCUAGAGUGCGUGACAGAUCUCACAAGUCAAUCGUUUAUUUUGGUUUUGCGGCGAUUUGUUGCGAGAAGAGGUAAACUUUUGCACCUUUAUUCUGACAAUGGCACUAAUUUUGUCGGGGCCAAUUCAAUUUUACGUCAAUUUUUUGAGUCCAAUUCUGAUAGGAUUGAUUCUGCUUUGUCUAGUGAAGGUAUUAACUGGCACUUUAUACCUCCCAGGGCUCCUAAUUUUGGCGGGUUAUGGGAAUCGGGCAUUAAAUGUGUUAAGUAUCAUUUAAAACGCGUAAUUGGUGAAGCUAAACUUACCUACGAAGAGCUUAGCACGAUUUUAACGCAAAUAGAGGGAGUGUUAAACUCCAGACCUUUAUCGCCAUUGUCAACGGACCCUGAGGAUGUGACACCUCUGACCCCAGCUCAUUUUCUGCUGGGAAGACCGAUGACAGCCCUUCCCGAUGAUGACUACAAGCAAGUGCCUGAAAAUCGUCUUGCCAAGUUUCAGCGACUUCAAUCAAUCGUGCAACACUUUUGGGAGCGUUGGAACAAAGAAUAUAUUUCGGAGUUGCAAAGCCGGGUCAAGUGGAAGAAAAAUCAUCCUUCUUUGUUGAAGCUUGGAUCGAUUGUGCUGAUUAAGGAGGACAAUUUGCCAAUUUCAGCAUGGAAGCUAGGUCGAGUCACAGAAUUACACUACGGUGAAGACAAGGUCGUACGAGUCGCCACAGUUAUGUGCAAGGACAGGACCUGUUGUAAACGGGCUGUUACAAAACUUUGUGUGCUGCCUAUCAGUGAAAAUAAUUUAAUAGAAUAG